GAUCGACAGGUGAAGGGAAUGGUCUCCCCUCCCUCUCAGCCCAUAACCACUCGCCUUUUGGGGGUGUGGUUUCAUCCUUCUCUGUCCGGAACCCCGAAGGCCAGGUGCCGUUGAGCUUUUUAGAGAUGGGAAAGGCGUUUUUAAGGAGUAGGUUAGUAGUUGUUUUACUUCAUCUGCCGUUGGUAUAAAGAUCACAGGAAAAAAGGAAAAGCGAAGCUACAAAACCGGACUUUAAAUGUCUUGGAUAGAAGAACUGGAAUUUACAAAGAGUGAUAAAGCUGCCAGAGUCAUUCAGAAGGCCUGGAAAAGCUUCCUUAAUGUCACUGUAUUUCAACACUUUAAAAACCUGAUUAAUAUAAGAAGACAAGGGGAACCACGUCAGAUAGUAAGAUAUAUUAAUCCUAAAGAGGCAGAGCUUCUAGAUGCUGCUGCUGGCAUUCAUGUUCGGUUCAGAUUAGGUGGUGAUAAAUUUCCACCUAACAUAUACUAUAAAAUUUUUACUGAGAGACAUAUUGAAGAUCUAUGUGCUAAUAGCCCUAGAGAUUACACAAAACUUUCAGCAAAAUAUAAAUCUCAUAUUAAAAGUGAUAAUCUUCAGGAAGGAGAUCAGAGUGGCUGGUAUCAUCGUACAGAGAACAAUGGCUGGAGGCCUGUUUCUGAUACAUUUUGGAUGUCACCUGAAGAUGCAGUGGUGGGAGACAAAAAGGAAAGCAAAUUUCAUUUCUCUAAACUGAAGAGAAGGCAAGAUAUGGAAAAGAAAAGAAAAAUUAGAAAAAUAGAAUGGAUGAGGCAAAUGUACUAUGGAGGACACCUGGAGGCCAAGUCAACAAACCAGGAAACUCUAGGUUUAAUUCACACUGCAACAAAAGGGCUAAUACAAUCUAUUGAAGAUGGUGGAAUAGAUUCUGUGAUGGAAUGGGAAGUGGAUGAAGUGCUGAACUGGACAAAUACACUAAACUUUGAUGAGUAUGUUGCCAACUGGAAGGAAAUUGCUACAAGCAACUCUUCAGCUAACUUCAAAAGUUUCAGGUUUGGACAAGAACAGAAAAUAUAUGAUUAUGCAGCUAUAUCAGAGGACAUGGGAACAGCAGAAAAUACUUCAUAUGAAAAUAUUUACAAAGGACCAAAUUUUACUAGACUGACACCUAAUUCCACGUAUAAAAUAUAAAUGUGUAAACUGGGAUAAUAUCACUAA